AUCCAUAUUAUGCCUGCUAAUCAGACUUCUCCAAUGAAUAUCUAAUUGGAUGGAUAUAUUUUUAUGUUUAGUGCAAAUUAUGCUUAAUUAGAAUGAAUAAUCCAAAUCAUUGAUGUUUAGUGCAAAUUGUAAUUCUUUAGAAUGAAUAAUCCAAAUAACUGACUCACUUAUGAUUAUAUUCAACAUCAUCAUCAUCUUAUCCUUAUCUCAAUUGUUUGGGGUUAGAAACACUAAUCCUGUUCCAUUAAUAAGUUCAAGAUUCAUGAAAAUAUGUGGAAAAGUUUUACAAUGUGCCUGCCUACAAACAGAACCCUCCUCCUUUAUCUAGGCUUGAGAUUGACAUGACCUGCUAUGGUGGAGAUUGAAAAAUUCAUUUAUCAUCCUCCAACAUUAUCCUCACAAACUUUUUAUUCCUACCCAUAUCACACAGAUCUUACUUUUGCUAUACAUCUUGCCACCAUGCCAUUGCUGCUCAUAACUUGUUUUCUCUUCUUACAGGUAUUUUAAUUACAAUUACAAUGGGAGCAAUACUUAUAACAAUAGCAAUUAUUAUGAUGUCCAAAGGAAAAAUUAAAAUGUCCAAAGGAGUAGAGGGCCAGAAUGUUGAGGAGUUCCUUAGGAAUUAUGGAAAUGAAUUGCCCACAAGAUACUCAUACAAGGACAUCAAAAAAAUGACCAACAACUUCAGGGAAAAGUUAGGUCAGGGAGGGUUUGGAAGUGUAUACAAAGGUAAGCUCAUUGACGGGCGCCUCAUUGCUGUAAAGGUGCUAGCAAAGCCAAAGGGUAGUGGUGAAGAAUUUAUUAAUGAAGUUGCAACCAUUGGCCGUAUACACCACAUAAAUGUGGUUCGCCUUCUUGGUUUUUGUGCUGAUGGUUGGAAAAAAGCUCUUAUAUAUGACUUCAUGCUCAAUGGCUCUCUCGAAAGAUUCAUUUUCUUUGACAAACCGCGAAGCCAUUGCCUCCAUUGGGAAACACUGUAUAAUAUAGCACUUGGUACGAGUCGUGGGCUCGAAUAUUUGCACCGUGGUUGUGAAACUCGCAUACUCCAUCUCGAUAUCAAGCCUCAUAACAUUUUGUUGGAUGAAGACUUUUGCCCCAAGAUUUCUGAUUUUGGUCUCGAAAAGCUAUACUCCAAUAAACAAAGUGUAAUAUCACUAACUGGUGCUCGAGGAACGAUUGGUUACAUGGCUUCUGAAGUAUAUUCAAUAUCAUUUGGGGUUGUUUCACAUAAAUCCGAUGUAUAUAGCUUUGGAAUGUUGCUCUUGGAAAUGGUUGGUGGGAGAAAAAAUUUUGAUCAACGAGCUAAUUCUAGUGAAGUAUACUUUCCAGAUUGGGUGUAUUCUCGCCUUGAAUGUGGAGGAGAUCUUGAAGUGGGAGAUAUCAAAGGAGAGGAAGAAGAAAUGGCAAAAAAGAUGAUGGUAGUUGGUCUUUGGUGCAUACAACUCAACCCAACGGACCGUCCAAGCAUAACCAAGGUGGUUGAAAUGCUUGAUGGUAACUCGCAAACUUUAGUUUUGCCUCCUAAGCCUUUAUUCUCUUCUCCAAAGAAGAGAUCUUCCCUCGAGUCAGAUUCUUGCCAUACACAAAUGUCCAUAUUGUGAUAAAGGCGUAAUAAUCCUUGGAGGUAUAAACCUUUUUUCUAGGAGAGAGAGAUUUGAAAAUUUGAAUUACAUAAAAUCUUGUCAUGAUUUCAAAUCCAACUUGUAAUUGACCACGGUUUUCACAUGUGAACAAUAAUGUUAUGGCCCAACAACCACUCUCCCUCCUCUUCUACCCUAACUUUCACCAAUGCUUUCACUGAAUAAGGUGACUCGUUGGUUAAAUAUUAGUUUGUAGAGUUUUCCUAAUCUUUUAGUUUAAAUAAAGCUCUCUAUUUUUGUUUUCUUUUA